AAACAGCUUUUCUCCUCUGAGAGGCAGAGAGCGGCAGGGGGAGUACAGAAAAUGAAGGGAGGGGAAUUAAGAUGAAUACACUGUGAGCCGUGCUGCUCGUUAUUAAGAAUAUCAGCUAAGCCGGGGCGAAUGAGGACGUUUCUGGGGUCUUACAAGACCCCGCAUAAGAAAGCGAACACAUUUCUCAGCCACCCAAUGGCUGCUGCUGCUGACCAUCGAAUGGACGCAGGGAUUGUCAAUACCUCGGUGGGAUCCGCAUUGGAGACCGGAGCAAUGGUAGGAGAAGGGGUGCAGGAGACAGAGGAGAUGAGGAACGAGGGGUCUCUGGUGCUAUGGGGCGAGUUCCAAGGGACACAGCAGAAUGAGGCAGAGGGGGCGAGUGACUGGCACACGAGUGGCCUACAUGGAUGUGGGCCUGAAGAGAGCUGGGUUGCGUUCAGAGACGGAGAAAACGAGAAGGCAGAUGGGCAGGAAACACACAUAUCGCAACAUGGUGGACGCUGGUGGUGUGAAGACAGCACAGAGUUGUGUACGAGAGAGAAGUCUAUAGACAAAAGCAGUGUCGGAAACAUAUUUGAACAAUGCUUUCCUUCAGUGUUACAUCCACACGUAGAAGACGAUGUUCAGCCCCUGGAAUUACCAUUACACGAGGACUGCUCUCAUGGACACACACAGAUCUGGAGACGAUGGGGUCUGUCCCACCACACAAGAGAUCCUGAUCAUCUGUAUAAGUUGGAAGGUUCCCAUCUAUGCAGCGCCUACCUCUCAUCCCUCCACAUUGAUCCCACUGAUAAGACUCCACCGCACAGAACCAAGUUUCCAGCAUCCCCUCCAGCCCCUAAACAGAGGCAGCAUCCGCACAAGUUAUGCACAGGACUGGGGCGAGAGCCAGAGCUCAAACUAACAAAGGUGGCAUCUGUAUCCGUCCACGUCACCGGAUUCAGCCCCUCCCACCACCUGCAGUCCCUGUUCCAGCACUGGACCCAGCCCAAUGGGAAGACAAGACUGAAGGUUGCCUAUGACUUUAACCGCAGCCUCCUUGUGUAAUGACCUCUGGGACUCACAUUUCAGAGUUUUGGUAAUAUUUGGCAGCAGAGUUGUGGAUUUUUAUGUCACAGAAAAGUAUAUUUUCUACAAUAAAAGCUAGCGAUUAA